GUGGAUCUACUGAAGGAUCCAGUGACUACUGGCUGUGGACACAGCUACUGUAGGAACUGUAUUAACACCCACUGGGACAAAGAGGAGGAGAGAGGAAGCUACAGCUGUUCUCAGUGUAGACAGACCUUCACACCGAGGCCUGUCCUGGAGAAAAACACCAUGUUAGCUGAUUUAGUGGAGGAGCUGAAGAAGACUGGACUCCAAGCUGCUCCUGCUGAUCACUGCUCUGCUGGACCUAAAGAUGUGGCCUGUGACGUCUGCACUGGGAGAAAAGUGAAAGCUCUUAAGUCCUGUUUGAAUUGUCUGGCCUCUUAUUGUGAAAAACACCUCCAGCCUCAUCUUCAGUCAGCUCCAUUAAAGACGCACAAGCUGGUGGAGCCCUCGGAGAAGCUCCAGGAGAACAUCUGCUCUCGUCACAACGAGGUGAUGAAGAUGUUCUGCCGCACUGAUCAGCAGUGUAUCUGUUAUCUCUGCCCUGUGGAGGAACAUAAAGGCCACGACACAGUGUCAGCUGCAGCAGAAAGGACUGAGAGGCAGAGAGAGCUUGGGCUGAGGAGACAAACAAUCCAGCAGAGAGUCCAGGACACAGAGAAAGACGUGAAGCUGCUUCAACAGGAGGAGGAGGCCGUCAAUGGCUCUGCUGAUAAAGCAUUGGAGGACAGUGAGGAGAUCUUCACUGAACUGAUCCGUCUGGUGGAGAAAAGAAGCUCUGAUGUGGAGCAGCAGAUCAGAUCCCAGCAGGAAACUGAAGUGAGUCUCGUCAGAGAGCUUCAGGAGAGACUGGAGCAGGAGAUCACACAGCUGAAGAGGAAAGACCGUGAACUGAAGCAGCUCUCAGACACAAAGCCAGAGACCAGAGCUGACUUCUUAAAAUAUUCACAGGAAAUCACACUGGAUCCAAACACAGUAUACAAAUAUCUGUUAUUAUCUGAGAGAAACAGAAAAGUAACAUGGGCGAGAGAAGAUCAGUCUUAUUCUGAUCACCCAGACAGAUUCACUGAUUGGUGGCAGGUCCUGAGUAGAGAGAGUCUGACUGGACGUUGUUACUGGGAGGUGAAGGUGGGAAGGGGAGGAACCGUUGGUGUAGCAGUCACAUACAAGAAUAUCAGCAGAGCAGGAGACUCACGUGAAUGUUUAUUUGGACACAAUGAUAAAUCUUGGCAAUUUUAUUAUAAUGGACACAGUUAUAUCUUUUAUCACAACCACAUCAGGACAACAGUGUCAGGUCCUGUGUCCUCCAGAGUAGGAGUGUACCUGGAUCACAGUGCAGGUGUUCUGUCGUUCUACAGCGUCUCUGACACCAUGACUCUCCUCCACAGAGUCCAGACCACGUUCACUCAGCCUCUCUAUGCUGGGCUUAAUAUUUAUGAUGAUACAGUCGCUGAGUUCUGUAAACUCAAAUAG